UACCUAAUGGUCCAAGCACAAUGAAUUGAACCUUCCUUGUAAUCUUCGCCCUCUCUUUUCUUUCUAGAGGAUCAAGUCGUCGUCGUUUUACUACUUUUCAAAGUCAAACCAUCCACUCUUGAAUAAAUAACCCAAAAACGAGUAAAAUUCCAGCUAAAAUCACCAUAAAUUCCAUCAAGAUCCAUGGAUUCCUAAUACCCAUUUCCCCAAUUUCACUUCCUUUCCAUUUUCCCCAAAAAUUAAUCCAAAAAAAAUUUAGGGUUUUCAAGAAUUUUAGUAGAAUUUGUGUAGCAAAAAAUGAACCCAUCAUCUUCAUCAACUGUGGUUGUUGGAUCUGAUGAGACUACUUCAAUCAGACGUAAUUCAAACAGACCCAAGUAUUCAAGAUUCACUCAACAAGAGUUACCUGCUUGCAAACCAAUACUUACUCCAAAAUGGGUGAUUUCUGUUUUCUUGAUUGUUGGUAUUGUGUUUAUUCCUAUUGGUGUUGUUUCCCUUUUAGCUUCUCGUGAUGUUGUUGAAAUUAUUGAUCGUUAUGAUUCUGUAUGUGUCCCAAAAAAUAUAAGUGGAGUGGAUUAUAUUACUGGUAAUCUUGAUAAAACAUGUGUUAGGAGUUUAAUUGUGCCUAAGAAAAUGAAGCAACCUAUAUAUGUUUAUUAUCAGCUUGAGAAUUAUUAUCAGAAUCAUAGGAGGUAUGUGAAAAGUAGAAGUGAUCAACAGUUGAGGAGUAGUAGUAAGAGGGCUGAUGUAGGGUCUUGUGAACCCGAGGAUCGUGCGAAUGGUCAACCAAUUGUGCCUUGUGGAUUGAUUGCUUGGAGUUUGUUUAAUGAUACGUAUAGUUUUACGAGUAAUCGUGGUGGGAAUGCGAAUACGUCGUUGGUUGUGAAUAAGAAAGGAAUAGCGUGGAAGAGUGAUAGGGAUCAUAAGUUUGGGAAGGAUGUUUUUCCAUCGAAUUUUCAGAAGGGGCCGUUGAUUGGAGGUGGGAAGCUGGACGAGAAUGUGUCGUUGGAUAAGCAAGAGGAUUUGAUUGUUUGGAUGAGGACUGCUGCACUUCCGACGUUUAGGAAGUUGUAUGGGAAGAUUGAGGUGGAUUUGAUAGCGGGUGAUGUUAUAAACGUGACGUUGAAGAACAAUUACAAUACGUAUAGUUUUGAUGGAAAGAAGAAGCUUGUGCUUUCGACGACUCGCUGGAUUGGUGGGAAGAAUGAUUUUCUUGGUAUUGCUUAUCUUACUGUUGGUGGAUUGUGCUUCUUUUUGGCUAUGGCCUUCACAGUCGUGUAUCUUGUUAAGCCAAGGCAGCUUGGAGAUCCAACUUAUUUGUCGUGGAACCGCAACCCAGGAGGCAACUAGCAUGCAGAUGAAGUCUGUUGGCUCAAGCAUUUUGGCAUCUAGUUCGGUGAGGGACAAAGCUUGUGUCUUUUAUUAACCGUUUGUGUAAAAGUUCUUUAUGAAACUUUCUGCAUAUAAUUUUAAGACUCAUUUGGUAGGAAACAAUGAUAUGUAAUGAAGUACUCUUUUGACAAUUGUUGUGUGACGAAGUACUUAUUUCUUU